UCUUUCCUUCCCUCCAUGGUGGUGGUGGAGAUGUGGAGGCUCCAGGCAGACAGGCUGAGUGGAUGCGUCUCCGCCUUGGCCGCUCUUUGUCUCGCCUGCUGCGCGCAAAGUCCAUCCACUGGGAAUAUUUCGGUGGUAAAAGACAUUGUGGACAAACUGCUGAAAGGGUAUGAUGUCCGCCUCAGGCCCGACUUUGGAGGUAACCCUGUUACAGUGGGGAUGAGCAUUCACAUCUCAAGCAUCGAUCAGAUUUCAGAAGUCAACAUGGACUACACCAUCACCAUGUAUUUCCAGCAAAGUUGGCGAGACAAGCGUUUAGCCUACAGUGACCUGCCUCUGAACCUCACACUGGAUAACCGUGUGGCUGAUCAACUGUGGCUUCCUGACACCUACUUCCUGAAUGACAAGAAGUCCUUCCUGCAUGGGGUGACAGUGAAGAACCGGAUGAUCCGUCUCCACCCAGACGGGACAGUCCUAUAUGGCCUGAGAAUCACCACCACAGCUGCUUGCAUGAUGGACCUGAGGAGAUACCCCCUCGACCAGCAAAAUUGCACACUGGAAAUUGAAAGCUAUGGCUACACAAUCGAUGACAUUGUAUUCUUUUGGCAAGGAAAUGACUCCGCUGUGACUGGGAUAGAGGUGCUGGAGCUGCCCCAGUUCACUAUCAUUGAGCAGAAACUGGUUACCAGAGAAGUUGUCUUCACCACAGGCUCCUACCUUCGAUUAUCCCUUAGUUUCCGGAUCAAAAGAAACAUUGGCUACUUCAUCCUGCAAACUUAUAUGCCUUCUAUCCUCAUCACCAUCCUCUCCUGGGUCUCUUUCUGGAUCAAUUAUGAUGCCUCUGCUGCCCGCGUUGCACUAGGGGUCACCACGGUGCUCACCAUGACCACAAUCAACACCCACCUGAGGGAGACCCUCCCCAAGAUCCCCUACGUCAAAGCCAUUGAUGUCUAUCUCAUGGGAUGCUUUGUUUUUGUGUUCCUGGCACUCUUGGAGUAUGCAUUCGUCAACUACAUUUUCUUUGGACGAGGCCCCCAUCAGCAGAAGAAACAGAAUGAACGCAUCAAUAAGGCGAAUAACGAGAGGCACCGCUAUGAGGAGAAGAGAGUUGACCCAUAUGGUAACAUCCUUCUCAGCACUUUGGAAAUGAACAACGAGUUAUUGGCUACAGACAUGAUGAGCACAGUGGGGGACUCCCGAAACUCUGUCAUGUCCUUUGAACGAUCAGGACUCCAGUUCCGCAAGCAGCUGGCCUCCCGAGAUGGUUUUGGAAACCACCCUACCUUAGACCGCCAUGUCCCACUGGCCCACCCUGCUGCUGCUCGCAAUCGUGCUAACUGCCGACUCCGCCGGCGGUCUUCAAAGCUGAAGCUCAAAAUCCCGGACCUGGCAGAUGUCAGCACCAUUGACAAGUGGUCAAGGAUCAUUUUCCCCAUCACCUUUGGAUUCUUCAACUUGGUGUACUGGUUGUAUUAUGUAAAUUGAUGCCUGCAAGCCACAGACGAAAUAGUGAAAGACAUUCAUAAUGACAACAACAGAGGAGUUGCUGCAGUCUUUGGGGUUUGGGUUUUUCUUAAAUAUGACCAAUGCUCAAUUCUCACCCCAUCCCCACCUUUGGUUUAAGUUUCUCCUACUUGUCUUUCCAGCACAUUAUGAACACACAGAGUAUGUGUGGUGGCAACAUGGGUUGUGGAGGAGGGGAGGGGGGAGUGGCUUUUAUGGAUGAGCAGGAGGGACAUUCUUUCUUUGGCUGCAUACUUUCUUUGGGGGAUUUUUUUUCCUUAUACACACACACACAC